AUGGCACCACUGCGGGGGGCCGGGGAGGUGCGGGAAGAGCGGGAUGGGGACCCCGCGGCCAGCCCGGCGCUCCGGCGCUUUACCUGGGAGGAGAUCGGGCAGCGCAACGGGCAGGGGUCGCCGCCUCAGGAACGGUGGCUGGUGAUCGAGAGGAGGGUGUACGACAUCAGCAGCUUCUACCGGAGGCACCCGGGAGGGGCUCGUCUCAUCGGCAGCCACGCCGGGCAGGACGCCACGGAUGCCUUUGUAGCGUUCCAUGUUGACAAGGUGCUGGUGAGCAAGUAUUUGAAGUCACUGCAGAUUGGGGAGCUGGCACCAGAUCAACCCAGUAUUGAGCCCACUAAAAAUAAAAUGCUGGUGAAAGACUUCCGUGAAUUGCGCGCUACUGUUGAGAAGAUGGGACUUCUGAAGCCAAAUCAACUCUUCUUCUUCCUUCACCUCGCUCACAUCCUCCUGUUGGAUACUGCUGCUUGGCUCAUUCUCUUCUACUUUGGGACGUCCUUAAUGCCCUUUAUUGUCUCUCUGGUGGCGCUGACCGUUUCCCAGGUCCAGGCUUCAUGGUUACAACAUGAUUUAGGACAUCUUUCAGUAUUCAGGAAGACCAAGUGGAACCACUUGCUGCAUAAGUUUGUGAUGUGCCAUUUGAUAGGGGCAUCAGCCAAAUGGUGGACUCUUCUGCACUCCCGGCACCAUGCCAAACCCAACUGCUUCCAGAAAGAUCCUGAUAUUGAUAUGCACCCUUUCUUGUUUACUUUGGGGAAGAAAUUCUCUGUGGAGCUUGGGAUCCAAAAGAAAAAAUACAUGCCGUACAAUCACCAACACAAAUACUUCUUCAUCACUCUUCCUCCGCUCCUGUUUCCCACCUACUUCCACUGCCACACAUUCUACAUUGCAUACACAAAAAGGUAUUGGGUGGAUUUGGCCUGGAUGCUGACCUUCUAUAUCAGAUUCUUUUAUACUUAUGGAUCAUUAUUAGAAAUAAAGAGUCUCCUGGCAUAUUAUUUUAUAUUCAGGAUGCUGGAGAGCAGCUGGUUUGUCUGGGUUUCACAGAUGAACCAUAUCCCUAUGGAUAUUUACUAUGACAAUAAUUUGGACUGGGUAUCUACUCAGCUCCAGGCAACAUGCAAUGUUGAGCAGUCUCUGUUCAAUGACUGGUUUACUGGGCAUCUCAACUUCCAGAUCGAACACCACUUAUUCCCCACGAUGCCAAGACACAACUACUGGAAGGUGGCUCCUCUGGUGAAGUCCUUGUGUGCCAAACAUGGCAUUGAGUACCAAUGCAAGCCGUUGCUCACAGCUUUUGCAGAUAUUGUGCACUCUCUGAAGAAUUCAGGAGAGCUCUGGCUUGAUGCCUACCUACACAAGUAA